AUGCGCUCCGAACGCGUUUCCACGCUAGUGCUUCUGGCCGGCCUCCUUACAUCCGUCGCUGCCCGGCCCAACAUCCGCGCCCGAUCACAACAGAUUCGGCGGCAGAACGCAGCAGACUGUUUGGAGGACUUGGAGGAUAUCUUGGAUGAUGCUCCUACAACAUCGCAACAAUGGCCGGCGACUGCCUGCGAUUUCACGUCAACGCUCUCGGGUGCGGAGCUUACAGUCACUUAUUCUUCGUUCAGAAGCCGAAUGGCUUCGUGGUACAGUAACGAUCUAGACGAUAUCACGAAGCUUCAGAGCAGCUGCACACAAUACAUCUCUAUCUUCGACCAGAUCAGGUACUGCUAUGUAACUGGGCCUGUCCCAACGACGACCGCAUCAACAUCGGCAUCAGCAACUGCGGCAACAACCACAGCCGGGUCGGCGAGCAGAACAUCAACAGGUGCCACGAGUACCUCAACGUCGAGUAGCACAUCGACCCCCAACCCAGAUGACGGAGGUGGAUUGGAUCCUGGGGCCAAGGCGGGACUUGCGAUCGGUAUCGUGCUGGCUGUGAUCCUGAUUCUCUUCAUAUGUUGGAAGUUCUUCCAGAGAUAUCGAGCCAACAGGUCGGCAGAGGGAUCAGGCCCUGGUAUGAAUGGUGAUCAGCCGCAAAUGCAUUCGGCUGCUGCGAUCGGAGGUGCAGCCGCGGGAGCUGCGGGUGGAGGAAUGGCAGCAGCAGCAGCGAGAACGAAGCUCCGGCCGGCCGAGAACUCCGUGUAUGCCUACAAGUCGGAACUCAGCGGCGAAUCCAGACCGAUCUCGGAGCUCGACCCGGCAGCGGCCGUUGCUCCCCGGAACACCCACCCGAACAUCGCCGAGCUGGACCCGGAACCGCCGACACAACUCAGCGAACUGCCCGCCCAUAAUUACGAUCCCACGGCCAACGGUUCGCCCCCGCCGGCGUACAUGUCGCCCAUGACCGACACCAACCGCAACACAUUAGACACGGCUGUUUCGCCGCUCUCGCCGGACUCGAACACAAUGCAGACGCAGGGGCUGGGAAUUUCUAAUGGCGGAGACUUGUCGCAAGGGACCAGUAACGCCUCAGGGUCCGCACCACUGGUAUCCGAAAAUCAGACCGAGACUGUACAACAUGGAUGGGGUCGAGGAUGGUUGAGAAGAGACUGA